AUGCAACAAUUUUGCCUUGUUGGCAGAGAAAGAGAGAGUGAGAAUUUCCUUUUAGUUGGAAAGAGAACCAUUAAGGUGGGAAAGGAGGGAUUGAGGAUGGAGACGGAUUUUGAGAAACGAUGGACUAAGGAACAAUUGGAUUUUAACAACAGCGACACAGUUAAGGGUUUUCACGUAGAAGCUGUUAAAGAGGGAGAAGAUCUUGACAUGUAUGGUUUGGUUCCAUUUGUAAAGCGGUGA